AGGUAAGCAAUGUUUCAUUCAGAAGCCUCAUUUAAUGAGAUUUGGCGCAGGAUGUGUUUUUAGAGCAUUGCCAAAAGCUGCUGGAGAAAUUUCGUUACCCCUGGGAGAUGAUGCCGCUUAUGUAUGUGAUAUUAAAAGACGCUGGGGCAGACAUUGAAGAGGCUUCAAGACGCAUCGAGGAGGCGAAGCGAAUUGUGAACCAAACCAUAUCGCUACAAUUGAUGGAUAGGCAAUUAUACUAUAAUUACUACUCAUCUGCAGCGUUAGUAAAUGGUCCGCCUACUUACUUGCCGUAUCCGCUUGCCUUUGGCACCAACGGAUUACUAACAUCACAAUUUUCGCAUUUCACGGCCUCGAUACGGCCGCCAUCGCCAGAGCUACCUGCUCUUAGUCGUACGCCUCCCAGCCCAUCGAAACUAUCGCGACCAGCUAGUACCCUCAGCGAAACGAUGUCACCUGUAGCGGCUACCACCAGCUUGAAGUCAUCUGCGACAGCUGCCGCAGCUACGUAACAGCAUCAGCAAACGCAGCGCUUUGGGCCGACUACUCAUGCAACUGCUGCUGUUGCGGCUGCGGCUGCAGCGGCUCCUGUACUUUUAGUUGAUGACUAAACCAUUGAUACCGAAGCUAAUCCAUCUAAUUGUUAAAUACCUAAAUAUGAAAAGGAAUAGCUGCUGGAAAUUACUACAAUUAACUGGAAAUUCAACACAAAUUCGGGACAUAAAAAAUUAGUAAAAGGGUUAAGCACAAUUUUGAUUUGUAGAUGUCGUUAAUUCAUUAGGAAAUUAGAUAAGCCUUUGGACUUAUAAAUAUUGGUAAUAAUUAACUCUUUAUGAGACCAACCGGAAUGUGCUAAAGCUCCGCGAAAUGGAAAAUUAUGUAAUAAACAAAGAUCUCAAUACAUCAAGCAAAUUACAUGUAUACAUACAUAUAUUAAAUACGAAAACAAAUAUAAAAAAAUAAUAAAUAAAAAUAACAGAAAAUCAGUUAAAUUUUUCACCAGCUGUAAUAUUUUAUACAUACCUACAUAUGUGCAUACAUACAAUUUCCUAGUAAAAUAUUAUUUUGUACAUUCUCAAAGUGUAAGAAAGUUGUAUUAGAUGAAUAAAUAAACUAAUGAA